AUGAAUGGCACAAUUAUUACAAAGCAUGAUAAUACAAAUGCCAACAUCGGCAAAUCCAAAAGCAAGAGUUUGUUAGAAUCUCUAUUACAACCAGUUUUACCAGAAGAUAAUAAAUUCGAGAUUUUCCAAUUACAAAACCAACCAUGCCAAACAUAUCCUCUCGUAACAUUACCCAGGAAGGCAAGUUCUUCAUCAUCUACUCCUCCAAUGACUGUGAAAGUACAACAUUUUUUCACAUUAUCUCAUAAUGAAAAAAUCAUCUAUGCCCUUGAAAUUUAUGUAUACAUUAAUAUACCGAUGAAUGAAAGGUCAAUCUUUAUCUCAAAGGCUGAUACGAAUGGAUAUAGUGAUAUUCAAUUAAAUAUCAAAGAUAUCACCAAAACUAUAUUGAAAUAUAUCCUCUCCAUCGAUCCUAAUCAUUAUUUACAAAAAGUGAAACCAUUGGAAAGAAAGAAAGGGAAAAAAUCACAUUGUCAUCGUCACCGAUUGAUUAUGCAUUAUACUAACGUUAAAGAUACUUUAAAGAUUUUAUCCAACAGAUUGAGUAAAUCCUUUGAUAAGGAAAAACAGGCUGAAUUGUUAGCAGCUUCUCACUCGACCCUUUAUCUAGAUUUGAGAUUUACAAAUGAACAGAAAACUCAAUUGAACACAAAAAUUUGUCUAUUUACAAGACCAGCAGGAUUUUAUUUAUUUACAGAUUCAGAUAAAAAUCCAAAGAAACAUAACUUGAAUGGAUCUGGGUUAUUAAAGUGGUGGAUUCGAAUAAUAGAUCAAUUAAUAAAUGAAGAAUUCAUCAAACAAAACACUGUUGCGAAAUUAAGAGUACCGGGUGAAGAUCCAAUGACUGUAAAGAGACGAUUCUUGUAUGAUCAAAAAACUUUACAAUUUAAUAAUUGGAAACAUGGUGACAUAUUCAAUGGAAAUGAUGACGAUUUCGCUGUUUCCAAAAUCCCAUUGUUCCCUGAUGAUCCUAAAUCAAGAUUCAUUAGAGAAUUAGUUCAACAAUACGAUGAAGAUGCUACUACCAAUAGGAUGGACUUGAAAACAUACUGGAUAGAAUUACAGGAACGUCAAGAAUUUAAAUCGAGCGAUCUUGUCUCAAUUAUUGGUGUUAGUGGAAUCGUAGAACGUCUCCCUAAGUAUAUACCGGCUCAAGAAGAAACUUUGAUAUGUUCUUCUAAUAGGCAAUUCAAGUAUAUUAAAAGUUAUGUCACUGGAGAAGAAUAUGAUACCGAAGAAGGUGCAAUGGAAGCAUAUCUCAAUGUAAAAGAUUAUUUAAAAUGGAAAUAUAACAAAGAUAUCUUGCUUGUACGUGGUGAGAAGGAAAAAUAUGAAUCUAGUAGACUAAAGCGUGCUAAUAAUGUGACAAUUACAUUAUUACAACCUAGGAAAAGAGUUAAAAAAUAA